AUGAACCUCUCCAGCCUAGUUCAUGGUGCGAUCACACCAGAUGAACAGCAGUAUCAUCAACAACUUCCCAGGUCGCAUCACGUCACGUCACCUCUAAUAUUACAACCACCAAAAUUGCUGCAAUUAAAUGACAAACAGAGCUACGCGUGUAUCAAUGCACCCCAACCACCACCCUCUCCACCUGCUGAUGAGACGUCGAAAUGCUCUUUGCCGUCAAUAUCCAGCCUCUUCGGAUUAGCAGAUCUUCCAAGUACUCAGGAGUCAAUUCACCAUGUGAAAAGGCAUGGUAUAGCGCAACGAAGUGACUACUUUGAAUUUGGGCAACAGCUAUAUAACCAUUCUCCUGCCAUGAAACCUUCUACAAUUCUGCCUCCGACUCCACCCAUGCAUUCUGAAUCUAGUUUCAACGGCCGGCAAUCCUCGCCUUCAGCUUUGUCUAAUUCGGGGAACUCCAUAUCUUCGGUACCCGGAUAUUACUUUGCCCCCGAUACCCCACGUGCAAUCUCCGCGAAUAAUUUAACCGUCUCACGUAGUCAGCAUCAACAUACGCUAUCACACGAGGCGGCAAAUUCUACGCCGGUACCAACCCGCAAUUAUUCCCAGUCUGCUAGUAGUAAUAAUGGAUUGUAUCUAAGGUCAACAUCACAACCAAUUAAUUCUACUCAUUUUGCAUCGAUACAACCUACGACGGCUUCUCAAGCCCAUGUUCCAAGUCUUUAUCAGAGACCCCUUCCUCAACAAUUUUCACCCUCUUUGUUAUCAAUGAGCGUACCACUCAGCCCACCUUCGACGGCCAACUUAUGGCAACACCACCAUUAUAUAUCUCCUUCCUCUGCAGCUUCAUUUCCCCAGUCUCACGAUCGGUAUGUUUGUCAAAUUUGCAACAAAGCCUUCUCGCGCCCAUCUAGUUUACGUAUCCACUCUCAUUCCCAUACGGGAGAGAAGCCAUUUAAGUGCCCUCACCAAGGGUGUGGCAAAGCGUUCAGUGUGCGAAGUAAUAUGAAAAGGCACGAGCGAGGCUGCCAUAAUUUUGAAUUUGCUCCAAACAUUGGGCAAUCAGCACCCAAAAAUCUACACAUACUGACACGUAAUUGA